AUGACAAAGUCCAAUUUUGAACCUAAAAUCAAGAUUUCUAUUGACAGAGGCGGAACGUUCUGCGACGUGAUCGGCCAAUUGGAUGGGCAUGAAGAUUAUGUCUUCAAGCUUCUUUCAGUAGAUCCUGCAAACUAUCUCGAUGCCCCCACUGAAGGAAUUAGAAGAGUUCUCUCCAAGUUUGAAAACCAUGAGAUACCCCAGGGACAAAAGUUGAAAUUGGACAAUAUCCAAAGUGUGCGUAUGGGAACUACUGUUGCCACAAACGCAUUAUUGGAACGAAAGGGAGCGAAAGUUUGUUUAGUUACUUCCAAAGGGUUUAAAGAUGUUUUAGCCAUUGGUAACCAAACUCGGCCAGAUAUAUUUGAUCUCAGCGCACAUAAGUUUGAUCAACUAUACAGCGAAGUACUUGAGAUUGAUGAAAGAGUCACUCCAGCUGGAUUUAGCGAAGGUGGAGGAUCAAAAUUGGUUGUUGAAGAAGACGAAAAUGUGAGACGAGGAGCAUCCGGCGAGUUGAUUAAAGUUUUACAGGAGCCAGAUUAUGAGCAAAUCGAAAACCAGCUUGAAGCUUUACACGAGAGGAAAACAGUUGAUUGUUUUGCCAUUUGUUUUGUGCAUGCAUUCGUCUAUCCUAUUCAUGAACAAAAGGUUGCAGACAUCUGUCGAAAACUUGGAUUCUCUGUUUCUGUAUCUCAUGAACUUCAGCCAAUGAUUGGGAUGGUGAAUCGAGCUUCUUCCACAGUAGCUGACGCUUAUUUGAGCCCAAUUUUGCAUGAGUAUAUCAAAAGUAUCAGCCAUGGAUUUGAAGGCGGACUCGACUCGCUCGGAAAUAAACUUUUGUUCAUGCAAAGCAACGGUGGUCUUUGCCCAUGGUAUAAAUUUACUGGACUAAAAGCGAUUCUUUCUGGCCCGGCCGGUGGCUUAGUUGGCUAUGGUUUGACCUGUUAUGAUAGCGAAGAAAGAAAGGCUACCAUUGGCUUUGACGCAGGAGGAACUUCAACUGAUGUUAGCAGGUUUGACGAAAAUUUUGAGCACAUAUACGAAACAGUGGUUAACCAGGUGAGCCUUCAGACUCCACAGUUAGAUAUUUCAACUGUUGCUGCGGGCGGUGGUAGCAUGUUAUUCUGGAGAAAUGGAAUGUUUGUAUCUGGUCCAGAAUCAGCAGGAUCAGACCCCGGUCCUGCUUGCUACAGAAAAGGCGGACCUUUAACUGUUACAGAUGCAAAUUUAUUUCUUGGUAGAUUGAUUCCAGGAUACUUUCCUAAGAUUUUCGGACCUGGACAAAACGAACUGUUGAGCUUAGAGGCUACAGCUAACCUUAUGCAUCAAUUAACCAAAAAAAUCAAUAUUGAGAGACCCAAUGACUCGCCACUUUCAGCAGAAGAAGUUGCUGCCGGCUUUUUGAAGGUUGCAGUUGAGUCUAUGAGUAGACCAAUUCGUUCUUUAACUGAAGCGAAAGGAUUUAAUCCAUCAGACCACAAUUUAGCCUGUUUUGGGGGAUCCGGUGGUCAGUUUGCGGUUGCUUUGGCACGUAAUUUGGGAAUCAAGCAUAUUGCACUACACAAAUAUUCUUCAUUAUUAUCUGCGUAUGGUAUUAGUUUGGCAGAUAUCAUGAUCGAAAAACAGCAUCCUGUUUCGUUUGAGUAUAACAGUGGGAGCCAUGAAAAUAUCAACAGAAUUAUAUCUUCUGCAGUACAGGCGGCGUUCGAAGAUUAUACUGAGCAAGGUCUCACAGAGUUUGAUACUACCUUAGAGGUUUACUUGAACAUGCACUAUCAAGGGGCUGAUUCAAAAUUACUUAUUCCAAAGGGUGAAAAACAUAACUGUGAUGUUUUAUUCAUUGAACGCCACAACCGUGAGUUUGGAUUCACAUUAGAUAGAGCAGUGCUCGUGCAAGACAUUCAAGUCCUUUUAAAGGUUCAUACUGGCAAAAGAUCUGUUCACAAUCCGUUUGCUGAGUAUCGUCAACUAAAGCUGUCUGGAUCAUUAAAUGUAGUUGAUGCUCAUUCGAGGCAAAUGACUUAUUUCGAAGCGCAUGGAUGGCUCGAUAUCGGAGUGUAUCAUUUGAAUGACUUGAGUUGUGGAAACUUGGUCCGCGGGCCAGCAAUUAUUUUAGAUGAUACUCAAACCGUUUUGCUUGAUCCGCAAUCUGAGGGUGUUAUAUUGAGGGAACACAUCUUGCUAUCUGUUGAAAACAUCAGGAAUACGAAUAUAUCAAAGACAACUGUGAAUCCCGUUCAGUUAUCGGUUUUUGGUCAUAGGUUCAUGUCUAUUGCAGAACAAAUGGGCAAGACUUUAGAGCAAACUGCAAUUUCGACAAAUAUCAAAGAACGGUUGGAUUUUUCUUGUGCAAUCUUUGAUAAGAAUGGGGACCUUAUUGCAAAUGCCCCGCAUAUACCUAUUCAUCUUGGUGCUAUGUCAUUUGCAGUCAAAGCCCAAAUUAGAUUGUGGGAUGGAAAUAUCAAACCUGGAGAUGUUUUCGUUUCGAAUCAUCCGAAAGCCGGUGGAACUCACCUUCCCGAUAUCACUGUUAUUACACCUAUUUUUGUCGACAAUUCCGCAAUUCCUUUAUUUUGGGCAGCUUCGAGGGGACACCAUGCUGACAUCGGCUCCAUUUCACCUGGUAGUAUGCCCUCAAAUUCUAAGGUCAUAUACGAAGAAGGAGCAGCUAUCAUUACCCACAAACUUUAUAGUGAGGGACAGUUUGAUGACGUGGGAAUGACUCGUCUUUUACUUGAAGAGCCCGCUAAGUACCCAGGGUCGUCUGGAACCAGAUGUUUGUCUGACAAUUUAUCUGACUUGAAGGCGCAGGUCUCUGCAAACUACAAAGGUCUCACUUUAUUGAAGAAGCUCACUGAUGAGUACAGUUACGAGGUGGUUGCUUUGUACAUGUCAGGAAUUCAAGAGGUUGCUGAGACUGCUGUGAAGAAUCUUUUGAGAUCGACAGAGCGCAAGUUCGUGGGGCGUAAAUUAAGUGCCACCGAUUACCUAGAUGACGGAACUCCAAUUUGUCUUGAUAUAUCUAUUGAUUCGAAAGAAGGUACAGCCAUUUUUGAUUUUCGUGGCACUGGAGAUGAAAUAUAUGGCAACUUGAAUGCUCCGAAGUCUAUUCUUCAUUCAGCCGUGCUUUAUGUUCUCAGAACACUUAUUAAUAUGGAGAUUCCAUUGAACAACGGCUGUCUCAAACCAAUAAGCAUUUUAACAAGAGAAGGCAGCGUUAUUGAUCCUUCAUUCGAGGCAGCAGUUGUUGGCGGAAAUGUUGAAACUUCUCAGAGAAUUGUUGACGUUAUAUUGCGAGCAUUCAAAGUUGCAGGAGCAUCGCAAGGUACAUUGAACAACUUAACAUUCGGCAUUGAUGAUAAAGAAAAAAGCAUAUCCUUUGGAUAUUACGAGAGUAUUGCUGGUGGGGCUGGUGCUGGACACACAUGGGAUGGCCAAUCAGGUGUACAGUGUCACAUCACGAAUACCAGAAUGACAGAUGUUGAAGUUUUCGAAAAGCGAUAUCCCGUAGUGGUCCAUGAUUUCAGAAUUCGUACAAAUUCGGGUGGACAGGGUAGACACUGUGGUGGAGACGGUGUCGUUCGAGAAAUUGAAUUUACCUACCCUAACCUUUCGGUGACCUGUUUACUGGAGAGGAGAACUUUUGAACCGUAUGGUAUGGCUGGAGGAGAAAAUGGCCAAAAAGGACGGAACGUUUGGAUAAAGAACAGCUACAACGAAGAAACAGGCACCUUUUCCACAAGGAAUGUCUACCUUGGCGGGAAAAAUACGAUCACAGUCGGGAAAGGCGACAGAGUGAAAAUAUUAACUCCCGGUGGAGGCGGAUUUGGUUCCAAAGAUGGCGAUAUUGAAGAGGAUUUUUUUGAGUUACAAUUGAACAAAGAUGAAUCUCAAUUAGGAGCUACUGGCUCCUUGGGUUCAAGAAGGAGAAUGCAGGAAUCUAAUUGA